AUGUUUGCGGUCUCCAUUAUUGCCGGACCUGUUGUCGACGCAGGGUAUCUAUUGCCCUUGCUUGGAAUCGGAUCUUUACUUACCGUUUUCGGAAUGUUCAUGACAAGCAUAUGCAAUGAAUACUGGCAAGUACUUCUAGCCCAAGCAAUCACCAUGGGCUUAGGUUUUGGUUGCCUUUAUGUCACUGCACCAACAAUUGUCUCGCAGUAUUUCGACGCCAACACUGCCCUUGCGAUGGGGGCAUCUUCAGCCGGUAGCGCUCUUGGGGGCGUGAUCUACCCAAUUAUCUUCACACAACUCCAACCCAGAGUAGGGUUUGGUUGGGCUACCCGAGUCGUUGCAUUUGUCGUUCUUGCAACGUCUGUUCCUCCCUUGAUAUUAAUGAGGGCGAGAUUAGUGCCCACGACGGAUUAUAAUCUAUUGGACCGAACUGCAUUCAAAGAUAUACCUUAUUGUUUACUGAAUGUUGGUCUCGUGUUUGGUUUCAUGGGGUUCUACGUCAUAUUCUAUUAUAUCCAAUUGUACGGGCUUGAACAAAGAACGGUCUCACCACGCAUCGAUAACUACCUCCUUGACGCCAGUUCGCUCCCCGGCCGUUUAAUCCCCGGCUACUAUGCGGACCGGAUGGGUUCAAUGAACGUCCAAACAAUCGUUGCUCUCAUUGGGGCAGUAUUGACAUUUUGCCUCAUCUCCAUUAAAAGUACAGCCGGAUUGAUCGUGUACUGCGUUUUGUACGGAUUUUCCGCUGGUGCAUUUAUGGGCUUGCCUGCUGCUGGAGUGGUAUCUCUUUCUGCUGACAAGACUAAAAUUGGCACUCGCCUCGGCAUGACAGCUGUUGUGGGAUGUGGCGUCCUCAUGAGCAACCCAAUUGCAGGUGCGAUUCUGAAUGGCAAAGAGCGCUGGGUGGGCUUGAUUGUAUGGUGCGGUGUCUUACUUGUAGCUUCAAGUAUUGUCAUAGUCGGUAGUAGGGCGCUGAGGGUUGGGUUUGGAUUGCGAAGGGUAUUAUAA